UCCGCCCCGCCGGCCGCCCGGCUCCUCGCCGCCGCGCCUGCUGCAUGCUCGGUGCCGCCUCAGCCCCAGCCGGAGGUGGAAGAUGGCGGAGCCGGGGCCGGACUGCGGAACCCUGCUAGACGAGGCGCUCUCCUCCUUCGUCUUCAACUACCUCGCUGACAGCCAGUAUGAGGUGUCUGAUGAGGAGCAUCUCUACUCCGACUUCCCUGAGAUCGAUUUGUCCCAGCUGGAUGCCAGCGACUUCGACUCGGCCGGCUGCUUUGGCGAGCUGCAAUGGUGCGCAGAGCACUCUGAGACUGAGUCCAGCCAGUACAGCACCGAUGACUCUGAGCUCCUCCAGAUAAUAGACAGCGAGAAUGAAGCGCUGCUGGCGGCCCUCACCGAGACACUGGAUGAUAUGCAGGGAGAUGACGUGGGCCUGGCUGCCUUCCGAUCUAUGGAAGAGGGGGACACGCUCAACCAUGCCUACACCUCGCCUGCCCCCUCCCCCAAACCCACCGCCCUGGUCACGGGGGAGCCGCCCCCGGCCCCCGAGGUUGAUGAGCUGUCUCUACUGAAGAAAUUGCUCCUCUCUCCAUCGCCUCCGAGCUGUGAGGUGCAGAGGGAUGGGAGCGCCCGGCGCCCAGGGACACCCAAAUCCCGGCCAUCUCGACCCUACACAAAGGUGGAUGCUCCCCGGGACAGGCAGGCAGGCGCUCCGCAGAGCCGCAGCUGCACCGAGCUGCACCGGCACCUCACCUCCACCACCCCCUGCACCCAGACCAAAGCCCCCCGCGCACCCGAGCAGUGCCACAGCGGCCACCACUACCCACCCGUGGGUGACUGCGCCCAGCACGAGGACGACAGCGACUGCAGUGAGGACUCGCUCAGCUCCAGCGAUGCGGUGCCCUCUCCUUCCUCGGCGGAGGACGGCUCCGACGGACGGUUCUCCUGCGAAGGGGGGCUGCACUCGGUGGUGGAGCUCAUCCGCUACAUGCACACCUACUGCCUGCCGCCCAGGAAGCUGCCCGCCCGUGACGCUAUUGAUGCCAGGCCCCAGCCCUGCAGCAGCCCCUUCAAGAGAGCCAAAGCAGACUGUGCCCUGCAAGAGAGCCGGCCGGGCUGCGCCUGGCACGCGGCUGGGGCCUGCCAGAAGCCCGCAGCCUCCUUCUCCAUCCUGAAGGAGCUGCUGGCGCGGGACCUGCUGUGCGAUGUCAGCAAGCCCUACCGGCUGGGCAGGCCCGUGUACGCCUCCCUGGCCCGGCUGCCCCCCACCUGCUGCCCUGCAGUGCAGGCCCAGGACAGGGAGGAGGCCGGUGGAGCCUGCAAAUCCAGAGCCAAAGCGGUGCCAGAGAAAGCAGAGCCACGGCACAGCCCUGGGACUGAGAUGGAGGCGACGGGGGAGCCUGGCAGUGUGGAGGAGGAGGCCGGGAGGCGUGCGAGCACCCCAGGCACAGCUGCAGGGAAGGCGGCCCGCAGGCCCGAGAGCUCCGUUUAUGCCGUCCGACGGUCCAAGAGACUCAACCCUGAGCUGGGCCACUGGCUGUCCUUCCUCGACGAGUCGCCCCCCGACUCCUCUGUGCCCCAGGAGGCCGCAGCCAGUGGGGAGCCCGUGCCGUGCCCACCACUGGAGGCCUUCCCUGCUGAAGAGCCUGCGGCCGAAGUGGAGGUGGGCGGCACAGAAGAGGGAGAUGGCGGGAGCGCAGUGCUGCCAGCAGAGCCCCAGCCCCUCAUCCCGGCAUCCCCGGGGGAUGGUGAGAGCUGUGAAAGCCAGCGCUGUGCCCCCCAGCAGCAUGCAGAAACACCCCGGUGUCUCACGCUGUCCUUGGCGCAAACUGACUCUACUUUUGGGAAGAGAAACUCGGUGUCAAUGCUGACCAUGGAGCUGUGUGGUACAGCAGGUCUCACGCCACCCACCACUCCACCGUACAAGCCUGCUGAGGAGGAUCUGUACAAGCCAGACAUGCCCCCGGAGACAGGCAAGGAGGACAGCACAGUCCCCAGCUCCAGAACUGGCAGCACAGGGGACACGGCCACCUUUCAGAAAGCUACGAAGAAGCACCCUGAGAGGACAGAGCUCUUGGCUCACCUAAGCCGAGCUGCUGAUCAGUCAGGAGUGCUCAAGCGGCCCUUUUCACGCUCCUUUGGGGACCAUGACUACUGCCAGGUGCUGAAGCCUGAGGGCACCCUGCAAAGGAAGGUGCUCAAGUCCUGGGAGCCCUCAGGCCAGAUUGAGAUGGAACACAAGAGGAGGGUCCCAGACACACACUACCAGGGGCUGGACCUUGGCAGCAAGGAGGCAGGUGGCGAGAUGGUGUGGAAGGAUGGCAUCAAGCAGCUGAGAGAUCAGGACAUCAGAGCCAGUUUAACAAAGCACUUUGGUGUCCCGGACAGUCCUGUUGACGAUGAGGACAUGGCUUUCUGCAAGACCCCGGAGUAUGACACUGUUUUUGACGACAGCUGUAGUGAAAGUGGCUCCCUGGUAGAGGAGGAGGAGGAGGAGGAAGACGAAGAGGAGGAGGAGGAGCACUGCGGCAGCCCAUUGGACACCAAGCUGUGCCUGCGGAGAAAUCCCCUCUCCAGGACCAGUUUGCAUUAUUGCUCCCGGAGCAGGUCCAGCUCGGGGUCUUCGUGCUGCCGGUCCCGAUCCCCCACAAGCAGAUGCACUUUCAGGUGUAAGAACAAUGAGCGGUGUCAGGGUGGCAGCAGGAGCCGGGGCCAGCUUGAGAAGAAACAGGAAAAGGCCAUCUAUCCGUCGGCAGCAGUGGAGGUGUGGGUUGGAAGCCUGAGACCUGUGGCUUGGUGCUGGCAGGGGGAAGGCCGGGUGGUGUACAUCAGGAACCUCUCCAGCAACAUGAGCUCCAGCGAACUGAAGAAACGCUUCGAGGUGUUCGGUGAGAUCGUGGAGUGCCAAGUCCUGUCCAGGACUAACAGAGGGGAUAAAUACGGCUUCAUCACCUACCGGUAUUCAGAGCACGCCGCCUUAUCUCUGAAGAACGGCACCUCGCUAAGGAAGAGGAACGAGCCUUCCUUCCAGCUCAGCUCUGGUAGCCUUGGGAACUUCUUCUGGACCAGAUACACUGACUUAGAUUGCAGCGUGGAGGAGUCCUCCCCGGCGCCGGUGAAGAGCAAGUAUGAGACCAUGGAUUUUGACAGCUUGCUGCAGGAGGCCCAGCUAAGCCUGCAUCGGUAACAGCCUUAACCUUGGAGGAAUACCUCAAUACCUCAGUCAAGGCACUUCCAAUAUGUUUACGUUUUCAAAGAAAUUAUUCAGUCUAUGACAAGCGAGAGAGAGCGAGAGAGCGAGAGCACGCACGCGCGAGAGAGAGACUGCUGUCCCUUUCAAUUGAUGUUUACAUUGAACAAAGCUGCUUCUGUCUGUGAGUCCCCAUGGUGUUGAUGUCUCACUGCCACACAAUAGUCGCCCCGCUUCUGACUGGUUGUUUUUGGGUGAGCCUAGGAGCCCCCGGCCCCUCUCCCCCGGCUCCCGCCGUGGAGUUGCAGCUGUGUUCACCAUAACAUUUUUUGUCCGUAGUGUGUGAUGAUGAAAUUGUUAAUUGUGAAUAGAAUCAGGAUUAUAAACUAAUUUUUAAUAGAAGAAGAAAAAAGAAGUAUAUACUUAAAGAUGUAUUUAUGGCUCAGAUGUACUGUAAUUCAGAUUUAUUGUACCGCUUCCUUGAUUUUUAACUAUGCACUGUAAUGAGGCACUUGCCACUGAGCAAAUGGGGGUCAGAGCAGAGCCCCAGAGCCAGCGUUUGCCCUCUGCCACGAGGCCGCCCGCCUCCCCGCCGGGUCACCACUUUGCUGUCAAAGCCAUUCUCCUCAUUGGGGCCGAGCCCCGGCCCCCGGCUGCCGAGAGGGGCCACGGUGUGGGCAUGAAGGGAAGGCUGGUGAAGGAGUGGCACGACCACCUCCGGGCAUCCCUGCUCCAGCCUGCCGUGUGCAGGGCACGGCAGCUCCAUGUCUUUGCCCGCCGACACGCUGCCCAUUCUGCAGCCGGUGCCCGAUAAGCCAUACACCCACCCAGCACCCUGUUGGUGAGCCGGAUCCGUGCCCACCACCGGCGCGCUCCGUGCUGCUGCCUCCGUGCCCAGCAGCGUGAAGGAAGCGUGGCAGCUUUGCUGAGUCUGUGGGUCCUGGCUGGCCUGCCGCUGCGUGCUCCAACCCCUGCCUUUUGCCAGGGGCCCGGGCCGCCCGGCACCACUGGAUAUAAGGCAUGCUCAAGCAGCGUCCCCAUGAAAUUUGCUUGCAAACUUGUUCCCCACCUCUGGGAAAGGUGGGAGCGGGAGAGACCCCAGCCUUGGUUGGAGGGAUCCCAACCGAGAGCAGGCCAGGGGGAAAGGAAAUCUCCCUGGCUCCUCAAGCCAUCUCCAUCACCCUCGUUUGCUUUCUGGACACAGAGACCAUUAGGGAUUUAGCCAUUCUUUGUAGAUAGAAUAUAUAGCCUUAACUCUGCCAAUAGAUAGAUUAGAGUCUUCUGGGGUCUCCCUGGAACGCGACUUAGGGUUUUUAUUCUCAUUUCCUCAGUGUGGAUGCCAUUUCAUCUUGCAGGCAGUAUUACCAAAGCCCCCAAAACUGCAGGAGGUUCGGUUCCAGGAGCACUGCCUUGCCGACACAGCCUGCGGCUCCAACCCAGGCCUGUCCCUGACAGAAGGGCUGCCAGCAGCCAUGCGACAGCACCAGUAAGGCAGUGACACAGCUCCACUGGUUCCCACACCUGACACCAGAGCCGGCCGUGUCCUUGUGCCACUUGGCUCUAAGCCCAGAGCAAGGGCAGAGGUCUCUCCUGCCACAGGCUGUCCCCAUCCUAUCCCCAACCCAGCAUACACGAGUAACCCUGGCCGAGACUGAGCAUCUGCUAUUGGCAAUUGCCUCAUUGUAGCUUUGCCUUUUUCUGUCCUAGUAUUUCCUCACAACAAUGAUGUUUACAUGUGAUUGCUAUAGAGCUUAUGUAGAAUGUAUAUAGCGACACAUUUAGGGUGGGUAGUACUGUCCUGUGCUGUGCUGAUGUUUUUCAGAAAACGAUCAAUCCAAAAAAAAGAGAAAAACAAAAAAAAAGGCCAAGUGGAAUUCUUCCAUCUCCUCCUUGCUCAGCCAUGGGAGCGAGCCCUGGGCUGCUCUCAGCUGGAGGAUGCAUCAAGCCUGGCAGAGGGGAAGGGUAAGCACGGUGGGGCUGCUGGGUCCUCGAGGACCCCACUGGGGCAGCCUCCAGGUGCAUUGCCAGCCUUGGUUUCUGUGAGCCCCCAAAAACAUCCAAAAUUUGAUGUUGCUUUCCUGCGGCUUCCCGUGCCAUCGCAGCACUUCUGCACAGAAGCACGGUGCUCCCUGCAAAUGGGAACUUUGUAACGCACAGAGCCAAUCAGUACUGCAGUCGUAGGAUAGGAAGAGAUGCAAUAAGUGGUCUUUGUGUUGCCUGAAGCCUAUAAGUGGAUUUUUUGUUGAGGUUUGGGGGUUUUCGGUUCUUUUUCCCCCUCCCUUGAAUUUGGACGGCUCAUUGUCCCUCUCCCCUUGAGAAUCGUCUCCUGCACUGAUGCAAUACGCACACAGGUGCUCAGGCACCCUCCUCGCCAGCCCCCAUGCCUCCCCCCAGGUUAGGAUUUGGUGAGCGCAGAGCGUUUCAGCCUGAGAAGCACAGGUGUGGCUGCCUGCCGGCUGGGUUUAGAAUCUCUCAAGCAGGGGUAGUGGUGAAAAAUAAGUUUCCACUGGAGUUUUAUUUUUUUAAUGGAAAGGUUUUGUUUGCUCACAGCGCCCAGGGGUGAGGAGGGGCCAAAGAGAGCUCGCUCCAUUCAGGGACUGAGGCUGCUCUGGGUGCAGGGAAGGGCCCUCGCGCCCCUCACCGCUGGGGCACAGCCCAGAGAAACUGGGAGCAAAGGGUAUAUUAAGGUAGGCAAUAAGUAAGGAGGAGAUUUAUUUUUCUAAGAAGUAUAUAGCUCUAGAAUGUCCCCUGAUAGCUGCCUGUGAGUACUGUGGGGAGAUACUAAACGUGAAGAGUUUGAUGAUGAAAUGCCGUUUCGCUUUUUUUGCACAGAUCUGCCCCGUAAAAUCUGGCUGUUCAGGAUGGGAUACCAGGUUUCCUGGCUGGAAUCCAGCAGGUUCCUGGGGCUCCAUAGGAGAGGAGCCGAUGUUUCUGAGUCUGGGCUGAAUGCAGAGGACAAUCCCAGGUGUUAGGUUUGAUGCUGCCCCAAAGAUGAGGUUCACCCUGACUCCUUGUCAGCACAGCUCGCUGGGUUGCGCGCCCUCCCCACAGGAGCAGCAGCUCAGGCGCUGCGUUGCAGGCCGAGGGUCUGACUUCAGCGCUGGUCCAUGCGGAGCUGCAUUACAGACCAGCGUUUGGAUCGUUUUGAAUCGUAUUCUUUCUUUUUGGCACUGUGCUGAAUGACGAACUCCAUCGUUGUUCGUAGCUGAGCCCUGAAGCCCCUUCUGUUCUAUCUCCAUCUGUCCCAGCAAUCUCAAGCAAUAUGAACCAAACUCAGCCUUCGGGCUCCAUUCCUCAUCCCCGGAGCCGUCGCAGCGCGGCACCGCCAACACCGCGUGGCCGGGGGCCGAAUGCAUGUGAGAGAGAGGAAGGUGAAAGCGAUGCAUUUCUCAAGAAAGGUGUAAGAAUUUCACCUAAAAAGGGGCACAUCUGCUUUGUUAUUUAUAAUAAAAGCUAAUUUUUUUUUUUUAAUUAACUAAAAGGACACUGCUGAUAAUUAUUAGGGGCCAGUUCUGCCCCCUUCCUCGUGCUGAGUAAGUACUGCUUAACUCUGUGAUUUUCUGCUUGCAGAGUAAGUCGGAGUGGCAGAGUUGAUCCCUGUGUGAUUAAGAAUCAAGUUUUUAGUCUGAUUUUUUUUAAUUGGUAGCGGUUUUUUAUAUUUCACUUUUUUGUUCCCCCCCUCCCAGUUCCGUUCCGUUGUGUCCUUAUUUAUGUAAUAUACUUUAACCUUAAAAGAUGGCAUGGAUUCCUAUGCCUUUCCUUUAUUAUUAUUAUUGUUAUUAUUUUUAAACAGAGAUUUAUUUCUAGUGUGAUUUAACUGUCUACCUUCUAAAACGAGAGAACGUUUUCUUGUAUUUUUACAUUGUCAGAUUCUAUAGUUUCAUAGAUAAUUUAACCAAAUCGCUCGAUGUAUUAUCUAUAUCUAUCCAGUGGGUAUAAAAGUUCUAUUUUAAAUUGUGUAAAUACUUCAGAACUGGCUUCUUUUUCCAGACUCCCCUGCCGCGGAGUUACUUGUUUACAUCACAAAGACUGUAGAAUCUCUACGCUCAUGUACUGUAAAUAGUGAAGUGAUCUGCCUAUAAAUAAACGAUAACAUAUAUACUACAAACUGGGAAACAAA